AUGUCCACCAAACUCCUCACCAACAAAGUCGUCGCCAUCACCGGCGCCGCCACGGGCAUCGGCCGCGCCAUCGCAAUCGCAAUGGCCACCCACGGCGCAAAACUCGCCAUAAACUACCUCAACGACACGCAGUCCGCGUCCAUCGCCAGCCUGCGCGCCACCAUCGAGUCCGCCCCCAUCUCGUCCUCCCUCCUCGCCAUCCCCGGCGACAUCUCGCUCCCCGCCACCUCCGAGGCCCUAAUAGAGCAGACGGUCGCAAAAUAUGGCCGCCUGGACGUGUUUGUGUCCAACGCGGGGGUGUGCCAGUUCGCCGACUUCCUCACGCUGCCGAAGGAGCUGUAUGAGCGCACGGUAAGGAUCAAUCUUGAUGGCGCGUUCUAUGCGACGCAGGCGGCGGCGAGGCAGCUGGUGAAGCAGGGCGGCGGGGGGAGCAUCAUUGGCGUGAGCUCGAUUAGUGCGCUGGUGGGCGGCGCGGGGCAGACGCAUUAUACGCCGACGAAGGCGGGCGUGCUGAGCUUGAUGCAGAGCUGCGCGGCGGCGCUGGGGAAGCAUGGGAUAAGGUGCAAUGCGAUCCUGCCGGGGACCAUCAAGACGGCGCUGAAUGAGGAGGAUCUGGAGGAUGAGGGGAAGAGGACGUAUAUGGAGGGGCGCAUACCGCUGGGGAGGACGGGGGUGCCGGAGGAUGUGGCGGGGCCAGCGGUGUUUUUGGCGAGUGAUUUGUCGAGUUAUAUGGUGAGUUUUUGA